ACAUGAGGAUUCAUACAGGAGAGAAACCAUAUCACUGUUCAGAAUGUCAAAAAGACUUUUCACAAAAAUCAUCUCUAAUAACACACAUGAGGAUUCAUACAGGAGAGAAACCAUAUCACUGUUCAGAAUGUCAAAAAGACUUUUCACUUAAAUCAUCUCUAAUAACACACAUGAGGAUUCAUACAGGAGAGAAACCAUAUCACUGUUCAGAAUGUCAAAAAGACUUUUCACAAAAAUCAUCUCUAAUAACACACAUGAGGAUUCAUACAGGAGAGAAACCAUAUCACUGUUCAGAAUGUCAAAAAGACUUCAAUCUAAUAACACACAUGAGGAUUCAUACAGGAGAGAAACCAUAUCACUGUUCAGAAUGUCAAAAAGACUUUUCACAAAAAUCAUCUCUAAUAACACACAUGAGGAUUCAUACAGGAGAGAAACCAUAUCACUGUUCAGAAUGUCAAAAAGACUUUUUUCAUACAGGAGAGAAACCAUAUCACUGUUCAGAAUGUCAAAAAGACUUUUCACAUCAAAAUCAUGAGGAUCUAAUAACACACAUGAGGAUUCAUACAGGAGAGAAACCAUAUCACUGUUCAGAAUGUCAAAAAGACUUUUCACAAAAAUCAUAUCUAAUAACACACAUGAGGAUUCAUACAGGAGAGAAACCAUAUCACUGUUCAGAAUGUCAAAAAGACUUUUCACAA